AUUCAGAUCCAACAAACACAAAUCAAAGUUCCAAAAAGCUAAUUUCUUCGCUAAAUCGAUCGUUCGUCGGAAAAAUUUAGGCAUCGACGGAGUAAUUUUGAGUUCCGGUGAGAGACGAGUUGAGUAAAAAUGAAUGAAAUAUCGGAAUGCAGCGUUUGUCACUCGAAAUUGGUAGCUUCCCCUACCAAAAGAACGGUGUCAAAGGCUUAUGAUCGUCAUCGGACUGUUGUAUCGGUGAAGACUCGAGCUUUCAACGUGUUUUUGGUUGUCGGUGACUGCGUUUUGGUCGGGUUACAGCCUAUACUUGUAUAUAUGUCAAAAGUUGAUGGCAAAUUCGAGUUCAGUCCCAUCAGUGUUAAUUUUUUGACUGAGUUGGCAAAAGUUGCAUUUGCAGUAAUAAUGCUAUGCUUAGAGGCUCGAAACCAGAAGGCUGGAGAGAAGUCUCUUCUUUCUUUCUCCACAUUGUUCCAGGCUGCUCGGAACAAUGUGCUUCUGGCUGUUCCCGCUCUGCUUUAUGCUAUUAAUAACUACCUUAAGUUUAUCAUGCAGUUAUAUUUUAACCCUGCUACUGUAAAGAUGCUGAGUAACUUGAAGGUUUUGGUAAUUGCAAUGUUGUUAAAGAUAGUUAUGAAACGCCGUUUUUCCAUAAUUCAGUGGGAGGCUCUUGCGCUAUUGCUUAUUGGCAUCAGUGUGAAUCAGCUGCGCUCUCUACCAGAAGGUGCAUCAGCUUUGGAUCUUACAGUGACAACAGGGGCAUAUUUGUAUACCUUGAUUUUCGUCACUGUUCCUUCACUGGCAUCUGUCUACAAUGAAUAUGCUUUGAAAAGCCAAUUCGAGACCAGCAUUUAUCUUCAGAAUUUGUUUUUGUACGGAUAUGGUGCAAUCUUCAACUUCCUAGGCAUACUUGGAACUGUCAUUUACAAAGGACCUGACAAUUUUGAUAUCUUACGGGGACACUCACGAGCAACAAUGUUUUUAAUAUGCAAUAAUGCAGCUCAGGGAAUCCUGUCUUCGUUCUUCUUCAAGUACGCAGAUACAAUUCUGAAGAAGUAUUCAUCAACUGUGGCCACUAUCUUCACUGGAAUAGCAUCUGCUGUAUUGUUUGGACAUACCCUUACUAUGAACUUCAUCUUAGGAAUCUCCAUUGUGUUUAUCUCGAUGCAUCAGUUCUUUUCACCUCUUGCAAAGGUCAGGGAUGAGCCUCAAAACGCCAACCUGGAAAUGGAUUAUCCGAAAAACUACAGGUCAAAGGAUGGAUCCUUCAUAAAUAUGGCGGCUGGGGCAAGUGAAGAUGCUAGCCAUCGCGUUGGACCUGAUGACAGAGAACCCCUUCUUCCCCGUUAGUUAUUAUAGGAUUGGUUUCUGGAGAAACAUCGUUGGCUGGUCGGUAUAGAUAGUUUGGGUUUUGGGUCAUUCUCUCGAUAUUUAAUACCUCAGCAUGCUGAGAAGAUUCUUUUCACCCUCCAGAUAUAGGUACACAAUUCUCUUCAAUGAGAAUUUACUAUAGCCCUUUUUUAUAGUAUAUGAUGAGAGCUCAGGAACCACAGACGUUAAAGUUGAGUUCUGGAUGACUGCGUUAUCAUCCGCUUUUGUAUAGAGUUUAGCUCAUUACCCUUGACGUUAUUAUCGCGUGCAGAGUAUGCUCUGCAUGCACAUCAUUCUCUGUAAAUCUGGUCUUGUGAAUUCAAGUUCAUGAAUAAUGGUAAUAGAGCAUAUCAACACCAUAUUAAACAAGUUGCUUGUUUUGUUU